AGAGUUGCAGUCUUCCCUGGAGACUUGCAGAAAUUCCAGUGGUCUGGUGAAAGCUCAGAUCCAUGGUGGAGCAGAACGGGUGAAAAGUCUGGGGCUAAAAUACAGCAUUGGGUACUGGACACAGGAGGGCCAAGCUGUGGUUCUGUCAUUGACUCAAUAUAAGACCUUUUGCCAGCCCACCAUCUCCUCUUUUCUAAUGUGGAAAAUGGGGGCACCUUCCGCUACCUCUCUGAUGGGGAUCCAUGAGUUCAUGUGGAGCAUUUGGAGAUACUAGAGGAUCUAGUUCUGCUGAAUUGCAGUCUUGUUGAUUAUCAUGACUCCAAGAAACGCUGUGUAUCUGAUGAGAUCUUCUGGGCACAGGUGUUUCAUGAGACAUAAGACUUUUACUCUCCUCCUUGUUUGUUUGUUUUUUUUACAAUCAGCUAGGAUGACCCUGAUCUCUGCCAUGUUUCUUCUGGUUCCCAUGGAGACCACAGCUCACAGAGGGAGGGUUGUUCCCUAGCAACCAUCUCUGCUCUUCAGCCUUCAUCCCACCUCCAUUCCUGGACUUCAGGCUUGCCUGGCUUGUACAAAGCACUGUGCCACCACAUCAGGGAUCAUGGACGAGGGUGUGGUGGAGGUUCCAGCUUCCCUUACACCUGAUGUGGCAGAAAGUCACUAUGUGCUGUCCAACAGUACUUCAGUGGAACCUGAGAAAGGGGAACAGGAGCAUCUUCCAGAAGAAUGUCCCAGCAGUCAGAGAACAUCCCAAAGGAGCCCCAGCAGUGCCUCCUGGAAGAUCUCCAAGAGCCCAGUGGCUCAGGGAACAGCAAAGAAUUCCACAUCUAUUAAAUCCCAAGCAUCUGCUUCUGCAAAGUGUGUUCAAACUAAAAAACAAAGUUUUGGUCUCCAGGCCAAAACUCCUCCCACACAGAGUCUUCAUUCAAUAAGUCUUGAAGAGGAAGGAGAAGAAACUUCUACUACUGAAGACCCAAUAGAGGGGCAUGAGCCAAGAGGGAGGAACAGCACUUACCACCGAUGUGCAAUAUCUAGGCAGAGGAAGGCAGAAGACACCAAAUACAUCUCAAAUGUCAAACCAGUAGCAGGCCAGCACCAAACACUGAGGUCUAGAGGGCCUGGAUCUUCCCAGAAGACCAUCAAAGCCAGCUGCAAAAAAGCCAAGGAGACCUGUGGCAGAUUAAGUGCAAGAGCAUCCUUAGCAUCAUUAGGGCCAGAUGGGAAAGCAGAAUGGAAGCUUGUUCUGGAGGAGGGAGACAGCUUGGUCUCUGCCAACAGCAAAUAUAAAUUUGCCAGUGCAUGUGAACUUACCAGUGAUAAAGAGGAACGGCGAGCUCUGUGCGAGGCAGCAUUAAUCAUGGGACAGAAAAGACUCAGCGACCGUACUGAAAUGCUAAACACGUUGAACUCUACAUCUUUUGCUGAUUACAACCAACUGGGUUUUAACCUAAGAUCGAAUAUCUUCCAAGGUGGCCCACUGGAGAGCCGAAGCUUGAUGAAAGAUUCCUAUACUCCUGAUAUAAUUCAGAAGGCAGCCAGGGACCCCAAGAACUGGCACGGAAGGAGGACAGAUGAGCUAGGGAAAUGGCAUCAGAAAAAUGCCCUAAAUCUUAACUUGCAGAAAGCUCUGGAGGACAAAUACGGGAGCGGCAGUAAUGUGCGAAAACAGCUGCCCCAGCAGUCCAGAGAGAAGUACAGAGGAUGCACUGGGAAUAUACCAGAGUUGCCCAAGGACCUGAAUGCUGGCUACUUCUCCCCACACUGAAGGCUGUAAAACUCCCACUCAGGGAAGCUUCAGAGCUGUAUGUACGUAGCAGCUGGGCACACCAGGCAAAGAACCAGCUCCCUGUUGAUGCUUCUGAGGUGAAUUCAGGCUCUCUUGCCAGAAAAGCAAUGUCCACUCAGUAAUCUGGGCACAAUUUAGUAUGAUUGGCACCAGAUGCCUACGUGGCGGUAGGAAAGGAGGGUUCUCUGCUCACCACUCUAGUUUUGUUGUUACAUCUGCCACAUGGAGGAUUUCAGGGAAAGCUCUUACCCUGGCAGGGAGCAGCAGUAAUGUGCGAAAACAAACAAAAACUCACCUGAGAAGAGGAGGCAUCAGGGUAUUUCACUAAAGCCCAUACUAUUUACAGGCCAAGCCAAUGCAAAAACACGCAACUUAUCCCACCUAAAGGGAACAGGAAAGCUUCAAGAAGCCCCAGGAUUCUCCAGUCUUCAAAUUACCCCACAAGGCGAAUGGUCCCUUACUGAAGCUCUCAUAAGCCACACUUGCCUGGUCAGUCCUUCCCCUAACUCAAAGAUAAAUGUCUUUCAGAGAGAAGCACCUGUGUCCACCAUACAAUCUGCAUAAUUGGAAGCUCAGAAGGGUUUAUCUGGACAAGUAACCAAAGACCACCCAAGGGCUUGAACGAUGCAGGACAUGCAGGGUCUUUAGGGCUUCCUGAUGUGUUUUUCUCACAGUGUUUAAUGGCCCUUAUUUGCAGGAUCCUGCCCUCCAGCUCCAAAGUGUAGCGGUUUGGUGCAGCAAUCACAAAGUACGUGUCUGGGAAUAGCAGUGCCCUGAUCUUUCCCAUCUGGUCCCAAGCUUUCACCAUUUUAAAAGAUUGAUGCUUUGCUUCCUGAUGUGAACUGUUUGGGGGCAGAAUUAGGGUUGUCACUUCACCCUUCAUCGGCUGGGGAUUAGAUAACAAUAUGCUGACUUCAUAAAAGUAGUGAAGUUAAAAUGUAACUAAUGAUAAUCAAGUGAUAAUUGUUUUCCACCAGCAAUAAUUAACCAUUUGGAAUUCAGAUGUUCCAGGCAUGUGUCCAAGUCUUUCAAAUUAAGGAGACUGGCCAAAUGGCAGCUUGUAGAAACCUCCCUGUGGGUUUUCCUUGUGCAUCAGUACCACGCGGCUCCUGUCUGAGCACACACCACUCUAGCUUCAGCUGAAAACAGCACAGCUCGCUAGGAACACCCUGUUCUCUGUGUUGCAUCCAGCACUGAUGACCAACGUGACCCCAGGUACAUAACAAAUGCUGUCUUCUGAGACCACAACAAGUCCUAAUCUGGAAAAUAUGGGCCCAAAGAGAAAUCUACUGACAUUGGCAUACUGGAAGCAGGCAGUUCAGGGCACAGUCAGCUAGCACACAAAACAUAACAUGUGGGCUGAAUCAGUGUACAAAUUUACAAAUCUAUCUCCAAUAGACAUUAGAAAUAGACAUUAGGGCAGGCAGACUGCAGGAUUAUGGUACAGCUUGGAGCAAAUACCCUUUGCUAUUUCGGAACGUCUCCUGAAGACACUGAUCAGAAGGGAAACAGACUGAAAGGUCUUGCCGGUGCACCACCAUACCAAGCCACAAACUGUGGUAUUUGCUUCCUGCAGUGGAGUAAAGUAACUCCGUACACUUUUUAUGAAUUAAAAUAAUAUGUU